UAAUGAAUCAGUCGCACUUCGUACGUUCGACUAAGCGGAAGCUUUUGCCAUUCCUAACAUUUCCAUUCGCACACUACAUUAACUCAGUCGGUUAAUUUCAUGUCGAUUGACAUAUUGUUGAGCUAACCUGGUCAAACCAACAUGCAAAUGUCGAGUUUGAAGUUUUCCGACGUUCAGAACGGUUAAACUACUUCCGAAGUUAUUAGUUUUGAAACGGAUUGCUAAAAUAAAGGAAUUGUUUGAAGUGUUGCCGCCCAGCACCAACCCGCGGUCAUUAUUCGUAACUGGAAGACCUAAUGAGAGAAGUACUUAAGAUCGACCGGUCGGUUUCAAUGUAAACAGUUGGUGACGUCACUGUGAGAGAUUUUUUUUGCGCCCAACGAUCCAGAGAGAAGACAGUGUAAUCGUUAUACAGCAUCCAGAUUAUUAGCCACAGAAUUCCGACGAUGUUCGACAAGGAAACUGGAGAGCUAGAACUCGGUGCGUACCAGGAUGGUGCUCUGUACCACGACAGAGAAACGGGCGAAAGUAGCUCCUAUCCAUCGUUCGAUUUUCGCCGAGAGCGCUCCAAGUUCUACAUUCCGAAACAUUAUUUGCGAAGCAACAGCGGUACGAUCAAUCGCAAGCAGUGCUGCAUUUCCAAGGUCAACAGCAGCUACCCGCUGGCCAGUCGGGAGAAAAUGAUGCACCUGAAGGAGGAAAUAAUUCUCGGCUACAACAAGACCAGCUAUCUGCUCCUACUGAUUCCGUCGCUCUUCAUCGUGCCCAAACUAGCGAUCAUAUUGAUCAUGCUCAUCGAAGCAGUGCUGCACCGAUGGGCCCACAAAAAGAACGCCUGCAAUCGGGAUCCGAACAGCUACUACCGCACACCGUUGCACAUCCUGUCGAGCCAGUUCUGUGGUAUCUGCCGGCAUGAAAGCCAAAUGGAUCGGAUCGUGCAGAUGCAGUGCAAACGGAUGAAGAAGAUGCAACAUUAUUUCCGAAAAGUUACGAGGAAUAUUGCCUGAAAAGUAUUUUAUCAGUGAUUGUUUUAAUAAUUUUAUGAAAGUUAUGUUUUAAUAAAGAUAUUGA